UCAGGAUUGUGUGAGGGGGGCUGGUCUGUUGACAGGAAGCGUGUGGGGCGGAAUCACCACGUCUGUCUCUCUCUGUGCUGCUUGUUGUAGUUUAGCCUGACUAACAAGAGGGUUUACCGUUCACGUUCACCUGUCGGACGUGUGUGGACUUAAACUAUGCGUUUUAAGAGCGAGCAAAUAUGCAAUGGAGGUCAAUAGUGGUGGGUCUGGUGGUGCUGAGGCUGUCCCUCAGCUGUGUGCUGUGGCUAGCUUUCGGACUGGGACCCAACGUCAGCUGCUGGGGCUUCAACUUCCCUCUCAGCUUCAGUCUGCACAAACUAGACCUCAUCUUCAGGGACGAGAAGGGCACAGACCCGAGGGGACAGUCCUGGUCUCACCGAGUCCACACGCAGAGACAUGAUGAAGAAGAGGAGGAGAGGAAGAGGAGCACCUGUUCAAAGGCUGCAGGAGAGGAGUCACACAGGAGGUCCUACCUGAGCUUCUUCGAUGGCAACAAGGACGAGUACGUGAGGAGGUACAGCUCCUUUCCGGACGCACUCAAAGCCAAGAUGAAGGACAUGGCCAAAGACAUGUUUUAUUUCGGGUAUGAUAAUUACAUGAAAUAUGCCUUUCCUGAGGACGAGCUGAACCCCAUCGCCUGUGAAGGGAGAGGACCAGACAAGCUGAACCCGUCAAACAUCAACAUAAACGACGUCUUGGGGAACUACUCCCUUACACUGAUUGACACCUUAGACACCCUACUGGUGCUCGGCAAUGUGACAGAGUUCCAGAGAGCCGUCAAGCUGGUUAUAGACACUGUAUCUUUUGACAAGGACUCAACUGUACAAGUGUUUGAGGCCAACAUCAGGAUCCUGGGAAGCCUUAUCUCAUCUCACAUCCUGCUGACAGACCCGAAACAUCCAUUUGGCAAGAUCGGCUUUGACGGUUACGAUAAUGAGCUGCUUCACUUGGCUCAUGACUUGGCCGUCCGCUUACUGCCGGCCUUUGAGAACACCAGCACAGGCAUUCCUUACCCCAGGGUGAACCUGAAGACUGGCGUUCCUCCUGAUAGCAUCAAUGAGACGUGUACUGCAGGAGCCGGUUCCCUGCUGGUGGAGUUUGGGAUUUUGAGCCGCUUAAUUGGAGAUUCCACGUUUGAGUGGGUCGCCAGACGAGCCGUCAGAGCCUUGUGGAACCUAAGGAGCAACGAAACCGGUCUGUUGGGAAAUGUAGUUAAUAUCCAGACAGGCCAGUGGGUCAGCAAGCAGAGUGGUCUGGGAGCUGGUAUGGACUCCUUCUAUGAGUAUCUGCUCAAAUCGUACAUCCUUUUUGGUGAAAAAGAGGACCACAGGAUGUUCCAAGCUGCUUAUGAGAGCAUUCAGAACCACAUGAGGAGAGGGAGAGAGUCGUGCAAUGAAGGAGAGGGUGACCCGCCUCUUUAUGUUAAUGUGAACAUGUUCAGUGGUGAAAUAAUGAACACCUGGAUUGACUCCCUUCAGGCCUUCUUUCCUGGGCUACAGGUGCUGAAUGGGGAUGUAGAUAAUGCAAUUUGCCUGCACGCCUUCUACUAUGCCAUCUGGAAGCGCUUCGGCGCUUUGCCAGAGAGAUACAACUGGCAGCUGCAGGCUCCCGAUGUGCUCUUCUACCCCUUAAGACCAGAGCUGGUGGAGUCGACCUACCUGCUGUACCAGGCAACCAAAAAUCCUUUCUAUUUGCAUGUUGGAAUGGAUAUUCUUCUGAGCCUUGAGAAAAAUGCCAAAGUCAGAUGUGGGUACGCCACUCUCCACCAUGUCGUGGACAAAUCCAAAGAGGAUCGCAUGGAGAGCUUCUUCCUCAGUGAGACAUGCAAAUACCUUUACCUGCUGUUCGAUGAGGACAACCCGCUUCACAAAUCCGAUAACAAGUACAUCUUCACUACGGAGGGCCACGUCGUGCCUAUAGACAAGCGCUUCAGGGAGAAACAGUGGAAUGACUUGUUUCCUUGUGACGAUGUAGUGCUGGCAGAACAAGAGACAAACAACCGGCCACAGCCGAGCAACACCAGCAAUUGCAACCGUAUCCCAGAGGAGCGGCGCUACACUCUGCCAUUGAAGAGUGUCUACAUGAGGCAGAUCGAUCACAUGGUGGGACUUUUCUGAGUAAGACGAUGCAUGUUGUGGCGUUGACAUGAACAGGCCUUCAGUACAGCCCCUCCACCCCCCUCAGGUGCUGAUGCAGUGAGGUUAAAAAAAGGAUCCACUGUUGGUCAAAAUCCUCGUCCCAUCUGUCCCGUUGCUCAGGAUCCAGACAGGAAACGGACACUAAAGGAAACCUGAGAAAGCAGCUUGAUCACUUGCUGUAUUACUUAAACGUGUGUGUGUGUGUGUGUGUGUGGUGGGCGAGCGAGCAUGUGGUCAACAAAGGUGAACAACUUUUAUGUGCUGGAAAACGAGGAGUGGUGCUUCAUUUCUUUUUGCCUGGUGACAAAUUGAGAUUGAGCAAGUGGAUUUUAGAAUUACUGGUCUGUUUAAGGUGUUGGUUCAGGUAUGAGUGUGUGUGUGUGUGUGAGUGAUUGUGUGUGUGUGUAUGCAUAUUUGAAAUGACAGCUGAGCUGUGAAUCAUGAUGUGUUUUUGGGAACAGUGCCAUCUAGCCACGCAUAUGUACAAUGUAUAGCCUAUGAAAACACUCACCUCUUAACACGAUGAUUAGUGCCUGUUUGCAGUAGAUUCACUUGACUAGGUCAGUGCUUUUAAAUAAGGGCUGCAUGUUAAUGACAGUGAGAGAGCGAGGCUCAGGACGUCUCGCUGUUUUAUAAAGUGCCUUCAGUUUUUCUUGGUCUUUUUUCUCUGGAUGCUGUAUGGCGCAUAUUACUGGUGGACAUCAUUGUCAAGUAUUGUUUUUGAAAGCCACUGUCGAUAUUGCACAAUAGGUGUCAUUCCAUGUGUAUGUACAGUUUUACACUGAUUAUGACAUUCAGCUUUUUUCAUUUUUUUUUUUUUUUUAGACAAGACGAAACAAGCCAUAAAAUGUAUUUUUUAAUGUUAAUGAGUGAAAACAUGUUCCAUGAUUGUUCUGUUGGACAUAUUAGUACACAGUUUGUUCUUAUUUAGAGUAGAUGGGAGUCACCAUUUGUUGUUUCUCUGUCACAUAAUUGCACAUCAUCAUACCUUUUUAAUUAUCAUGUGGUGAGAACUCAGGGUUUAAAGGAAAAACAAAAAAUCAAUGAAUGCUUUCAUCAACAAAUUAAACUUUCUUGAAAUGUUGUUGCCUA